CCCUCUGCAUGUGUGGCAAGCCGUUGUUGCUUACGAGGACAGGAGGUUCUUUAGGCAUUUUGGGAUCGACCCAGUUGGGAUUGCUCGUGCAGUGGUGUCAUUUUCGGCCUUAGGCGGCGGCAGCACGAUUACCCAGCAGUUAGGAACAAGUGGGUGGAGAGAGACAUGUUGAGAGAGAGAGAGAGAGAGAGAGAGAGAGAGAGAGAGAGAGGGAGAGUCAACGCCAGUGUAAAACCCAGAAGCAGAAUUGGACAAAAGGCAUGGAGAUAGCCAGAAUAGACCAUUUCCAGCCUCAACAAAACAAACCUUUGUCUAACCCUCUAUUUGUUUUCGCUCUUCAUUCCGUCCAACCCCUGCAUGGGGUCCUUCUUAUUCAUCCCUACCGUUUUCCUACCUUUUCUUCUCUUUAUUCUCGUCUCCGGUGGUUCUUUCUCAGAGUUCAUAUACCCGAACUUCUCAGCUUCUUACUUCCACUUCAUUGACAACGCCGGUGCCUUCUUGUCCUCUCGAAAUGGAACAUUUAAAGCUGCUAUUGUCAAUCCGGAUGCUAAUCAACAUAACUUCUAUUUGUGCAUCAUCCAUACGGCAUCCAACACCAUCAUCUGGACUGCUAAUCGUGAUGCUUCCAUCUCGGCUUCUGCUGAGAUGAAUCUUACGGCUAAAGGUAUUAGCAUCUCAGAUGACGAUGGUAAUCCUGUAUGGUCAACUCCACAAUUCAAGUCAUCAGUUUCUGCAUUAUUGCUGAAUGAAAUGGGUAAUCUUAUCCUUCUUGAUCAGUUCAAUCAUUCCCUUUGGGAAAGUUUUCAAAACCCAAGGGAUACGAUUGUGUAUGGGCAACACUUACCAGUUGGGUCUUUUCUGUCCAGUACUCUAUCGAAUUUUUCAACUGGUGAUUACAAGCUCGUACUAAGUGGUUCUGAUGCAAUACUGCAAUGGCAUGGACAGACAUAUUGGAAAUUGUCAAUGGAUACAAGUGCUUAUACAAACUCAAACGCUAUAGUGGAAUACAUGGCCAUUAACAGAACAGGUCUUCAACUGCUUGGUCGUAAUGGAACAGUGGUUGUGAUUCAGGUGCUCUUGUCACCCUCUGACUUUCGUAUUGCCAAGUUGGAUUCCUCUGGCAAAUUCAUUGUCCAAAGUUUUUCUGGUACAGACUGGAAGCAAGAAUUUGUUGCGCCAACUGGUGAUUGUCAAAUUCCAUCCGUCUGUGGCAGACUUGGUUUGUGUACUGCAUCCACCACCCAUAGUUGUUCAUGCCCUGUAAAUUUCCUUGUAGGUUCACAAGAUACAGGUGGUUGUGUGCCAAGUGGUUCUUAUUCAUUGCCGGUUCCUUGCAACUCAACCGAUAAUGGUAGUCAAUUAAAUUCACCAGCCGUCUCAUAUUUCAGGCUUGACUACGGUACAGAUUAUUUUUCCAAUAUUUUCUUUGAUCCUGUAAGAUAUGGUGUCAAUUUGUCAACCUGUCAAGAUCUCUGCUCAAAAGACUGCUCUUGCUUGGGAAUUUUCUAUGGAAGUUCAUCUGGUUCUUGCUAUACACUUAAAGAUGUUUUGGGUUCCAUUUUUGUGAGUGAAAGUGCAAAUGACCGGUUGGGCUACAUCAAAGCUCUUGUUGGAUCUACUCCAUCAAACUUCAGUGAUAAUAAGAAUCCUAGUAGAAAAAAGUUUCCUGUAGUUGCUCUGGUGCUUUUGCCAUUCAGUGGGUUCUUUCUGUUGGUAGCUCUAGGUUUCCUCUUGUGGGGAAGACGGGGACAGUCAAAGAAAAGAGACAUAAAAUUGGGGCAUUUUGGGUCACUUUCCUCAGGAGAUAUGGAUGCUUUCUACAUCCCCGGUUUACCUAGGAGGUUUGAUCUUGAAGAACUUGAAGUGGCUACAGAUGGUUUCAAGACCCUGAUCGGUUCAGGUGGGUUUGGUGCCGUGUAUAUGGCUAUUCUACCUGAUAAAACUGUUGUGGCUGUAAAGAAGAUAAUGAAUUUAGGUGUUCAAGGGAAAAAGGAUUUCUGCACCGAGAUUGCAAUAAUUGGUAAUAUUCACCAUGCCAAUUUGGUCAAAUUGAAAGGGUUUUGUGCCCAAGGGAGACAACGCCUUCUGGUUUAUGAGUAUAUGAAUCGUGGCUCACUUGACCGGAGUCUUUUUGGCACUGGACCAGUCUUAGAAUGGCAAGAGAGGCUUGACAUAGCACUAGGGACAGCACGUGGGCUUGCAUACCUGCACAGUGGAUGCGAACAGAAGAUAAUCCACUGUGAUGUCAAGCCAGAGAACAUUCUCUUGCAUGACCAAUUUCAGGCAAAGAUCUCAGAUUUUGGUCUUUCAAAGCUUUUAACUCCUGAACAGUCUAGUCUGUUUACAACUAUGAGAGGCACGCGGGGUUAUCUUGCACCAGAAUGGCUAACUAAUUCUGCAAUCUCGGAAAAAGCUGAUGUCUAUAGUUUUGGAAUGGUACUUCUUGAACUUGUGAGUGGAAGGAAAAAUACAUUACGACUGCAAAGCCAUAGCCUGAAUAACAGUGGGAGUGGUGGCGGUCAGUCAUCAUCAUCAUCUGUGUCAUUACUUGUUUAUUUUCCUCUAUUUGCACUGGAGAUGCAUGAGCAGGGGAGGUACUUGGAGCUUGUUGACUUGAGAUUGGAGGGACGGGUGACAAGUGAAGAAGUGGAGAAGUUUGUGCGUGUUGCAUUGUGCUGUGUUCAGGAGGAUCCAACACUCAGGCCGAGUAUGAAUACGGUUGUUGGCAUGCUGGAAGGUGAGAUCCCUUUAGGUCAGCCAAAUUUGGAAUCAUUGAAUUUCUUGCGCUUUAUUGGGCGUGGGUUCACUGAGGCUUCUAUGAUAGAUGAGGGAACUGAUCAAAAUGAGAGAGUGUUGUAUCCAGAAGCGUAUGCUUCAACAGCAACAAUGGACUCGCGUACUUUCUUCUCUUACGUCUCUUCACAGCAGGUUUCAGGCCCAAGAUAGUGUUUUAGUUAAGCAGCUUGUGUAUAGUUGAAUUGUGAACGGGAAUUAAAUGUUUGUUCUUACAUUCCACAAGGUCCAAAGUCUGCGAAUGACUGUUAUUUGUGCGGUUUGUGUAAAGAGUUGUUUGAGUAAGUAAUAAGAGUUAAUUGUAUGGAAAUAAGAUGUAUCCUUUCUAUUUA